CAGGACCCUCCAGAUUCCCUUGGUUUCUGUAGCCCGAGGUCAGGGGAACCUGUCCCAUCCUGUGGAUCCUUGGGAGGGAAGCAGACGAGGGAAGAGACUCCCUUUUCCCUGUUCCCACCUUUGCACCAGGCUGGCUGCUAAUCUGGGGGAAAUGCAGAGCCAUGUUUGACCAGGAGAGCAGGUCCAGCCAGUCAGGCCCUGGAGGCCCGAGCCAGGCACAGAUGGGGGCCCCCCACCCCAGGCCUUCUCCAUCUCCUCCCACCCUGAGGUACAACUUGGAAACCUGGGGUUAUUCCAACAUCUCCAUGUCCCUUCCCCAAACUCCCCCAGCCUCAGCUUUGCCCCACCCUUGGCAGCAAAGAACUCUGAAUUUGACCCUGCAGCCCCCUCUGGCUCCCACACUCGAGAUGCUUCCUCCGACCUUCAAGGCCUGGGUGGCCUGGUUGUUGGGGUCCUCAGCCCGCCAGCCUCCCCCCUGCCACUGAGCAUCCCCUGGCCCUGGGUACCACUGUCCUUUAGGCUCCCAAAUAGUGGGGAGUAGGGUCACUGGACUUCCCAGCCCCAUGACCCCGAUGGGCAUAUGGGCUAGAAAGCAUGUGUGUGGGUGAAGUGGGGUACAGGGGCACCUGAGCCGGGUGUGGGGCAGCUGACAGGGUCAGGCAUCUAGAGUGGGGCUCCAUCCUCAGCCCGCACUUACCCGGACUCCAGCCCUUGUGUAGGAGACCAAACCGAGGCCAAUUUAUGGGGCCAUCAGCUUAGGCCAAAACAGGCAGGUGGGGCACCUGUCCCUUUCUGACCCCCCACCAUGUCAACUGCUGUGGGGCUCCCCCACACCCUAGGAGGGAGCAUGGUAUGGGGGGUGGGCAGGUGGCACAGUCCUGGGCUCACAGCCGGCAGCUCCUUCAUUCACUCCCUCAGCACCAGGAGAAGCACUGAGCUGGCAGAAGUCGGAAGUCAGCAAGAGGAAGAAUACAGCAGCACGAGCCUGCCAGGGCGAGGACAAGGAGACCAGCCAAUCCUGGAGGCCCCAGGCCACGCCCCUGGCCUGCAUGACCUCAAGUGUAUAAAUACACCUGCCAGAAGCCGACACCCAGAGAACUCACACCUGCUCCGGACGGCGCUCUGCGUCUGGAAGAACGCACACAAGCCCCUGAGCCCUGCUUACUUGGGACAGAGCAGAAGGCACGCCUGCCCGACCAGUGCCACCAGGAAGGACAGCUGGUGGCAGCCAGCCCCGUGGAGGGACACCUGCCAGGUGGGGCACAGGCUGGCCCAGCCCGGAGGAGAGGGAGCAGACACUGCUGGACAGGAGGGUUCGGAGCCUCACAGCCUGGUGGUGCCCAGCCAAGGGGACCAUGCUCAGGCCUUGCUGACGACCCCCAGCCCCCAGCGCAGAGUCUUGUCAUCAGGCCAGCAGGUGUGGCAAACAGCCAUGCCAGCCCCUGGGCGGACCAGCCCUACAGCCACUGUGCCCAGGUCCCCCAGCUCAGCCAGCAGCCCCAGGUCCCCCGGCACCCCUGGCUCGGAGAAGGUGGCCUCCCCACUGGAGUGCUCCAUCUGCUUCUCAGGCUAUGACAACAUCUUCAAGACUCCCAAGGAACUCUCCUGCACACACGUCUUCUGCCUGGAGUGCCUGGCACGGCUGGCGGCCGCGCAGCCAACAGGCCGGCCCGGCAGCGAGGCUGUGCCCUGCCCGUUCUGCCGGCAGCCCACGGCUGUGCCGGCUGCCGGGGCCCCCGCCCUGCGCACCAGCCGCCAGCUGCAGGCCAGGAUGCCUGCACACCUGCGUCGGGAGGAGCCCGUGUGGCUGGAGGGCACUAAGCUCUGCUGCCGCCCACCGCCCUCCACACCUGGCCUUCCAGCGCCCGGCUUCCUGUGCGUGGAUGUGGGCCUGAGCAAGCCUGCGGAGCCCACCGCACCCACACCCACACCCACACCCACCCCGGGCCCUGCCCGCCGCCAGGGCCUUCUGGCCCGCUGCUGGGCACGCUCUGGGGACUGGAGGCGUGUGGCGCUGGUCACGGCCCUGCUGCUUGUGCUCUUCUGUGUGGUGCUCUGGCCCGUGCAGUGCGCGCUCAAGACUGGGAACCUGCGCUGCCUCCCCCGGCCCUCCGCCUCCAUCACCACCGCCGCUGCCUUCUCCCCUGGGCCCCUGGCUGACAACUAGGCGCAACCACCCCUGCCCCAGCUCUAGGUGUGGGUCCCUGGCCCACAGCUGGGGUCACAGGUGUGGCAGCUUUGGGAGCCGGUGCCCGGAGGGGCCCCAACAUCUCCGAGGACCCCAUAUCCCAUUCAGCUCACCUUCCCCCUACUCUGUGGGGCUGGAUCCUGACGGCACAAACAAAAGGGUCCCUGAAGCUUCCAAGAAUCACAGGCUCCUAUGCGUCCCAGAGACCACCUUCCUAACCCCACGAUGGAUAGACAGCCUUGAUGAGGCCCCCUCCCCAUACACUGUGAAUUACCUGCAUUAGUAGCCCUUUGCUGAAAAGGGAGGACGCUUACCAUCUUUAUUUUAUUUUUACAUUUCACCCAUGGCUCCUUCCUCAGACCCCUUCCCCAGGCAGGGCUGGGCCCUUCCAUUGGGUGCUAAAUCUGCCCUCUGACCAAGGGGACAAAGGGCAGCAGCAGGAGGCCCAGUCCUCCAGUGCCCAUCCUGAACUGUACAUUUUUAAAUAAAUUAUUUUGU